GGAGCCUGGAUGAAGAAGUUAGUUAAAGCGGUUACUGGUCGUGUCUUGCCCAUCCAGCCUCUGCACACGACCGUUUGUUACUGGAAGAUCAAGGAGGGGCAUGAGAAGGAAUUCUCGCCGGAGACCGCGUUUCCGACGUUCGCCAGCUACGGCGAGCCUUACAUCUAUGGCACGCCGUCGUUGGAGUUCCCAGGGCUGAUCAAGAUUGCCAUGCAUGGAGGCCACCCUUGCGACCCCGACCGGAGGGACUGGGCGUCGGGCUCCGGCGGCGUGCUGGUGGACUCGGUCAUCCCAUGGAUCGAAUUGGUGCUGGAGGGGCGUGUGGAGGCCGGGAAACCGGUCAUGAAGCAGGAUUGCAUGUAUUCGAUGACCCCCGACGGGGAUUUCAUCGUCGACUUCCUCGGCGGGGAGUUUGGGAAGGAGGUGGUGGUCGCCGGAGGGUUCUCCGGCCAUGGGUUCAAGAUGGGCCCGGUGGUGGGGAGGAUUCUGGCGGAGCUGGCGAUCCUUGGAGAGGCCGCAGGGUUUGAGCUGAAGCACUUCAGGUUGGGGAGGUUUGAGGAGGACCCAAAGGGGAAUGCCAAGGAGUUCGAGGACCAAGUAUCCUCCCAUGUCUCCCAAAACCAUGAAUAGAUUUCCUUCUAGUUUCAUUUGUCUACAGGUUCUGCUAUAGUGGUUCAGUUCAGUGCAGCACAAAACAUCACCAGUUGUAAGCUAUUAUUUCUUAGCCCUCUGCUUCUCCAUGUUGUGAUACCAAUUGAACAUUGUGAUCUCUCUGGUUAAUUUAGAAUCAUGUGUUGUUGGUUUAUUGGUCUUA